AUGCCGUUUAAGCUGAAGCUGAAAAAAUCCCGCCACUACAAUGUUAUGUCCAAGAGCCUGUUUGUCAUAUCGGUCGAUCAUCUGGAUUCAUCCACGAAGAUCGACUGCACGCUCAGCUCGGAAAGCACGGGCCAAGAGUGUUUGGAGAAUGUGUGCCAAAGGAUAUCGAUCCAGCAGCCGGAGUUCUUCGGUCUCCGGUACGUGGUGAAGGGAACGAACGACGAGCUACGAUGGGUGGACCUUGAGCGGCCCCUUAGCCGCCAGCUGGAGAAGUAUUCCGCCAACACGAAGGUGCUCCAUCUGCGCGUGAUGUACUACGUGCUUUCGGGGGUCAGUUUGCUGAAAGAUGAGGGCACUCGAAACUACUACUUUCUGCAGCUGAAGCACGACGUCGUGGAGGGCCGAAUCAGUUGCGACCCACGGCAGGCCGUCAUCCUGGCGAACUACAGCCGCCAGGCGGAGUACGGUAACCACCAGGAUCGUCACACGGUCGACUACCUGAAGACGUUGCUGGCGUUCCCGCAAGAGAUGGUGCAAGCGAAUCUGCUCGAGGCACUGACGGAGCAGGUCAUCCAGCAGGCACACGAGUUGCACAACUGUCCGCAGGGCGACGCGGAGGAAUCGUACAUCUCCGCCUGCCAGCAGCUGGACGGGUACGGUCAGGAGACGUUCAUGGCGAAAAACGAAAGUGGCGUCGAGGUGACGCUCGGAAUCUCAGUGUCGGGUAUUAUCGUGGCAAGCGAGGAAAACCGAUUCUACCCGUGGCGUGACAUUACGAACGUUGUCAACCACAAGCGGGUGUUCAACAUCGAGUGCACCGUGGCACGGGAAAGUUCCGGCUUCACGGUAGCGGACGUGGCCACCGGUCGGUACAUCUGGAAGCUGUGCGCACUGCAGCAUCGAUUCUUCGUUACGUACGAACAAAACCAAGCCCAAGCGAGCCAGAUGAACCUGAAUUUGUUUCAGAACAUGGGCGACAAUCUGAACGACAGCCGGGACGAUCUGCUGCACGAGCCGCAAUACCACGCCACACAGCUGGCUCCCUCUUCGGCGGGAGCAACGCAGGCACAACAGGUCGCCGCAGCAGCCGCAGCAUAUCAGAGUGGUUCCGGGUGGCCCUCGCACGCGUCCUCCAUGUGGAACGGUGCGCCCGCGGGCACCACAAUCAUCGAAACGCAACCAGGGGGCGGCGGCGGGAUUGGAUUGAUGUCAUCGAGCAGUGCAUCGAUCGCACACGGUGUCGGUGGCAGCAUCGGCAACCUGAAUGCGAACCCCGGCAGUAUGAUGCAAACGUCGCGUACAUCGCUGCAAGCUUCGGCGCUCGACAUUAACCUCAAUUCGGGGUACGCGAACCAGAUGGGUUCCGCUACCUGGGGGCUGCCCAUUAAUCCAGGCGGAGGUUCGAAUACUUCGCUGAUCAAUCGGGCCCAAAGCUCGUCGUGCUUGGAUCUGAGCAAUAACAAUCUAACACCCGACCGGGAGCGUCUGAAGGCUCUGCUACCGACCUAUCGACCGGCUCCGGACUACGAAACGGCCAUCCAGCAAAAGUAUCGCUCGAGCAGUAACGACGUGCGACUGUUAAAUGGCAGUCUGCUGCAUCUUUCGGCUUCGCAAAUGCCCAUAUCGGAUCCCACCGGACACGCGCAACAGGCAGCCCACCAUCAGCUCGACUACAGCAUUAGCGGCAGCCAGCCGGAUGUUUCUUACUACGGACAACAUCUGCAGCAGCAGCAACAGCAACCCUAUCCGGAUGUUACCCAUCACACCACGACCCACCACGUUAUCGGUCCGCACUACUCGGAUGCGUCCGAUUACGGCCUGACGCAUCGCUUCAAAAUGAUGCGCCUCGUGAAACCUCCCCCACCGUAUCCGGCCAAUCGGCUGAGCUCCACUUCGACGCCAGAUCUUGCUUCCCACCGUGCGCUCCUGGGGCUACGCAGUGCGCAGGUGUCCGGUUCCAGUCCGGAUCUGGUCUCGUCCCGACCGCUGCUCAGCCAUCUACACCACGCGGCACCACCCCAUCAGCUGAUGCACCUUUCGCACAGUGGCCACAUGUGGCACCCGGGAAUGGGCGGAACCGCACCGCACCAGCUGCACCACUCCCAAACCAUGCUUCCGCACGGAACGUACGAGAAUCUGAACUUUAUCGAACCGAACUCGAAUCCUCCCGGUGGCGCGGGACAUCUGUCCUCCGCUAGUCAACCGACCGGCAAGGUUUUCUACUACGUCCCGGGCGGUGUGGAGCAUCUUCUGCUUAGCAAUAGUGCCAGUGGUUCCGUGGGCGAAAGUCAGACCCCGUACCAUGCCACCUCCAGCGCACCACCGGCGGCGGUCUCUAUCGCCAACGGUCACAUUGGCCUAGCGUCGAAGGUGCAUCUGAAUCGUUCCUCGCAGCAGAUCAACGGUUCGAUCGAACCUAUCUACGAAAAUGUGCCACUUCCUUGGAUGAGCGAAACUGCUGAGCCGAUCAGCACUGCGAUAUCGGUUCGCAGUCGCACCUCGAGCGUACCGUGUGGACCACGGCCAAUCCCCACACCACCACAACCACAGACGCCCAGCGGUACGAACGUCCCAACUUCCACGGUACCUGCGAUUGCGACUGCGAUGGCUGCGGAGGGCAACAGGCAACCCUCACCGGGGGCACUGCAAAGUAUGCUACAGGCGAAGAUAAACGAAGCGGGCACUCAAAGCAUCCCGAUGACGACAGCAGCAGCAGCGUCCGGGCUAGCGGCACCACCACCUAGCGUGAUUAACCGAUCACACUCAUCAAACAACGUACUCGACUCGUCACAAUACUCAAGCUACACGACGCUCAACGAAACGGCCCAGAGUGGUUCAGUAGGGAUUUCGGGACGAACAAACGGAGGCCACAACGAUUCCGGCAUCAGCUCGAUAACGGCCGGCUCGACGAAUUUGGGAGGCAGUGGCGGUAGUAGAACCAGUAUCACCACCACCAACACUGGUGGUGCAGACAAUGCUAUCUUCAAAUUAACUGUGGCUGCCGACACCUCGUCCGUGUCGGCAUCGUCGUCGGUAAAGGAAACCAAGCGGAGGCGCCUGUGGGAGAUAUUGGGCGGUGGCAGAUCGAAGCACUCGGCCGACAAACAAAAGAGUGCCACGCUGGGCCGCGAGAAGGAUCGCAAGAAGAAGGGUUCGAUGGAGGUGGCCCCAAACAGUACGGCAAGUGCUUCGUCGGGUGACGGGUCGGGUGAGAGUGGCGGCGGACAGCUGAGGCAUCGGUGGUCAACGGGACUACCGCGACUUCAGCCACUUCCGGCGAAUAUUAGCAAGGAGAAGCUGUGUUCGCUGCUCGAAUCCAAGCUGGCGGAACCGCAACUGUUCUGUGAGUUUGAACGGAUUCCAAAGCGCAGCGAUAGUGCAACCUACACCUGCGCGCUGGCGGAAGAGAACAAGAACAAGAACUCCAAUCCGACCUAUCUGCCGUACGACAAUAACCGGGUGCGGCUGACGCCAACGCGCGACAAUCGGGUGGGCUACGUCAAUGCUUCACACAUAACUAGCACGGUUGGCAACAAACAACGAUUCUACAUCGUGGCCGAAAGCCCGCACGAUAAGGUGACGACACACAUUUUUUGGCAAUGCGUUUGGGAGGCGGACGUCUAUCUGCUGGUGCAACUAUCCAAAGAGCUUACUUAUAUACCGCAAACCAGUGAGCGGUGCCUCGAGUAUGGACAGUAUCAAGUGUGGCGAGAAUUUUCUCAGGAAACCGAUCGCUGUACGACGAGCAAACUGAGAGUGUACCAUACACAGAGCCGUCGCUACAGAUCGGUCUGGCACCUAUCCUACACCGAGUGGGCCGAUCAAAACUGUCCCGCCGAUGUUGGACAUUUUUUGGGCUUUCUCGAGGAACUCAACUCUGUACGACUGGCCUCGAACGGUGAAGUACCGCCAUCGCACAACACCAAUCCACCGGUUUUAAUACAUUGCAAUGAAGGCGGUGGUCGUACGGGUGUCACACUGGUAGCCGAUCUUUUACUCUACACACUCGAUCAUAAUCAGGACAUCGACAUUCCUCGUCUGAUCGGACAGAUACGUCAGCAGCGGGACAACAUCAUACCAUCGCUCGCCCAGUACAAGUUCAUCCACGCCCUUCUCAUUCACUAUCUGAAGCAGAACCGACUGAUCUGAUGAUUGGACAGUUGAAAAUGGAAUGCUCGCCCCUAUCGGUCGGCUUAGGGUUUGCGUACUACAUCCCGUUAUUUCAUUUCAUUUCAUAGUUACUGAAUCUGUCCUCGAACGUGCCUUACUGUAUUACCUCGUGCGAAAGAAUAUGUGUGAAAAAAAAAACAAAUCCGAAUGGCGAGCAAGCAAUAUUCGCAUUGUGGCUAGUUUUAAUAUUAACUGCAUGAAAAUGAGUAAUACAGCAGUAUUUUACUGCUAUGAAACGUGAAAUAGAAAGUAGUUAAUUGCUGUUAUGGGCCACUGUUGGAAGCUGGAAAAAAGAUUUUGGAUAUUUGGAUUUUUAAUGUGGUGUCCCAGGGAAAGUGUUCCCCCUAAACAUAAGCAGCCUGAUAAAUUUUACUAACACUCCCACCCAGAAGCGUAUAGGGUACAAAAGUGAAGGAACGCUGUAACUGGACGAAGGCCUCCAAAGAUGAAGUAGUAAAACAAUAUGUAAACGAAAGAUUGGUAGCGAAAACAAAACAGUAUCGAAACGUGUAACACUUUAGAAAAUUUGAGAAAGGUAACUAAACAAUGAACGUAGCCUAAGAUUGGUGCAACGUAUUAGUGCGAGGCGUACGAUAAGACGGUGCGAUUGUGUGUAACGUGAAAGUAUUUUUUCUUCCGAUAGGCUAAACGGGCGUUUUCUAGCAUUUACGAUUAUUUAUGUAUAUUUUAUCGUGACUACCUACUUUUGACUAUUGCGUACUCUGUAAGGGAUAAAAAAUUGACUAAAAGA